CAAUGUCUAGUCCAUCACAGUUAUGGAAAUACUGAAGUAAAUUAGCAUUUGUACAAUAUCUAACAGUUGAUGUAAUCGUUAGGUAACAACAGUUGAUUUGAUUUGGGGUUUUAAAGACGCAAGUUAGAGAAAUGUACCCCUCCUAAAAAGUAUACCGCCCAGUCAAAUGACGUAGUUCCUCCUUCGCUUAGCCUCGUGCCAUUUUGGAAGGCCUUACGUAGUGUCGUCUGUUAUCGCCUCGCUGAAAAACGUUAAUAUUUACCGUGCGUGUUACUUUACGUGUUAAUUGUCACGGGUUAAUUGUUAAAGGUUUGAAACGGCUCCGGUAUGCGCACACUGGGUCGAAGGGGAAAUUUGCUUUGUUAAAGUUUAUUCCUCCUGGCGGGAGAAAGCACAUUGCAGCUGUUGUCAUCCGGUGUUGACGGCACAUCGCCGUCCCGUCUUGCAUCAAACAAAGGAGGACUAAAGCUGAUGUUCGUCCUUUCUGCACAAUCUACAAGAACUAUAUGAGAAAGUUAACACUGAGCCUGCCGUGACUUGGUUUGGUGAGGAGACGUGUUGUUGAGAAGUUUCUGUCCCUCGGAGAGAGAGAACCAACAAAGCGGACUGACUUACUCAGCUCUGUUAGCAUCAGCUAAGGUUAGCCGGGCUAGCAGCGAGCUAACCGAGGUUCGGUUUUCAUUCAGUUAUUUUGUUCUUUAAACACGAGAAUGGCCGAGGGGUACAUUCGGGUGGCAGAGGAGGAAAACGAGGAGCCCAUGGAGAUCCCGGCCGAGGACGACGGCACGGUUCUGCUGUCGACGGUUGCGGCUCAGUUUCCAGGCGCGUGCGGCCUACGGUUCAGGAGCCCCGUGUCCCAGUGCAUGCGUGGAGUACGUCUCGUGGAGGGGGUCCUGCACGCGCCAGAAAACGGAUGGGGGAACGUCGUUUACGUCGUGAACUACCCAAAAGACAACAAAAGGAAAAUGGAUGAAAUUGAUGCCUCUUCUGCUGUGAAAAUGAAGAGGGGGGACAUGAAGACAUCAGACCUGAUCGUUCUGGGUCUCCCUUGGAAAACAACUGAACAGGACCUGAAAGAUUACUUUAGCACGUUUGGAGAAGUCAUAAUGGUUCAGGUAAAACGGGAUGCGAAGACCGGUAACUCUAAAGGAUUCGGCUUUGUGAGGUUCACGGAGUAUGAAGCCCAGGAGAAGGUGAUCUCCCAGCGCCAUAUGAUCGACGGGAGAUGGUGUGACUGCAAGCUUCCUAACUCGAAGGUGAAUAUGCAAGGUCCAGAUGAGCCACUGAGGAGCCGGAAAGUGUUUGUUGGGCGUUGCACAGAGGACAUGACCACAGAUGAUCUCCGUCAGUUCUUCAUGCAGUACGGAGAAGUCACAGACGUCUUUAUCCCCAAGCCGUUCCGUGCUUUUGCCUUUGUUACCUUCGCAGACGAUCAGGUGGCCCAGUCUCUCUGCGGAGAGGACCUCAUCAUCAAAGGAGUCAGUGUUCACAUCUCAAACGCUGAGCCCAAACACGGCAAUAGGCAGUUUGAUCGCACGGCCCGGUUCGGAAACGGUUUCGGGGCCCAGGCGUUCGGUAGCAACCGCAGUGGGUUGGGGAGCAGCGCCAACAGUAGUCUGGCCAAUUUCGGUUCCUUUAGCCUGAACCCGGCCAUGAUGGCCGCUGCUCAGGCCGCUCUGCAGAGUAGCUGGGGCAUGAUGGGUAUGCUGGCCAGCCAGCAGCAGACGUCCACCUCAGGCAGCAGCUCUAGCGGGACAAGCUCAAGCAGGGACCAGGCUCAGUCUUUCAGCACAGGCAACAGCAACUACGGCACCAGCUCGGCUAGUCUGGGCUGGGGCUCAGGGUCUAACUCUACAACCAGCGGUAGCGGGUUUAGCUCAGGGUUUGGGUCCAGCAUGGAGUCAAAGUCUUCUGGGUGGGGUAUGUGAGUUCGGUGUUUUCAAUGGUAAGUAUUGUGAGAGAGACGAGUCUUUUCCAAAAGUUUAUUUCUGGUGUUGAUGCGUAUCUGAAAACUAGACCCUUUUUGUGAAAGAUGUUUUCUACAUUUGGAAACAAAAAACAAACAAAAAAAAAAGCUAAAGAUCUAAUUUAGGAAUUGUUGCAGUGAGUUGUUUACCAGGAUCUCUGACUAAAGUGCUAUUUUUUUGCUGUCUUGUUUGUAUCCAUUUCAACUGGAUUCUCUAAUGCAUGCAUUGUGCAACGUGACGCCCAUUUAGAAAAAAAUGCAUGAAUGUCUGUGGUUCACCAUUAUCCGCCGUUUGUCACCAUCGGCUUUAAAAGGGCAAUCUUGCAUUGGAAAGAAUCUGGUUGAAACCCAAAAUGUCUUUAUUUUAUUUUACUUUUUUUAAAGUGCAACUUUAUUUGCAGUCAAGUUCUGUGGAAAAAGCCUUCACUGAGAUCUCUUCUGCAGUACACCUCUCUUCCGUUUCCCCCUGCGAGGAAGCUCCUCUUUGGCAGCAUUCUUGAGGGGGGGGGUGGUGAUACCCGUAUCAUUCUCCCUCCUCCCACCCCGUAAAUGCUAUGCCAUCAAAGAACGGCCUCGCUCCACAUGUUCCGCGAGACGGUGGGUGUUUUCACUUUUAUCCACUCUUUUUUUUUUUUUUUUUUCCUUUUAAAUGGAGAGAACUGCGCAACUGACGUUUUAAGAACUGCUGAGUGCGAUUGCGGAUGGCUUGUGGCGAGGAGUGAAGCGAUGAGUGAGCGAACGGAGAGAGGCGCGUGGAAAGGACUGCUUGUGCGUUGGUAGAGCCCAAUUUGACUGCUUUUCUGAGUGUGUGAUGAAAAAAGUGUGUGAAGCUGCGGAUGCGACGAGCGCCUCCCCCUAACAUGGACAUUCUUUAAUUAGUACUUCAAGAUUUGUCCUCCUUUUUUUUUUUUUUUUUUUUUUAAUCUUUGCAAGUUUUUCCUUCCUUCUAAGUAUGUCUAAGUGUAGAAAUAUAAAACCUGUAGUGGAAUGUUGUGAUGAAUAUCUGUAUUGCUUAUAUUAUCUGAUUUGAAUGCUGUAUGGCGUGUGCUUUCAUGUUAAUUGAACUGAUCUGUAAGUGUGUUCUUGAUGUGGGUGACACCGGCUGAAGACUCUGGGGGGCCGCGAGUGAGGAUGUGAGAACGUGGAGACGUGUGUGUCCAAUGGCGCCCAGUAGCUCUUUGUUGUUUGUGAGGUGUGUUUUUUUUCAAUGAAAGGAGGAAAACAAAAAAAAUGUCAAAUGAAGGGAGUUCUCUAAUAAAGUUCAUUUGAAUAGAUACUUAGCUGAUGCUGCUUGAGUUGGUUUGUCCAAUCAAAAACAUCUAAUUCGAUUCACAUAUCUAGGGACCUUGGGCUCUGCUGGUCGAGGUCUCCGUUUGAACGCUGACCUGAAGGAUGAAGAUGGGAGUUCCAACACUUUUCAGUGUGUGUGGCCUUCUCAGACAUGACAUGGGGUAGCACCUGCCUUUUUGUUGACUUUCUAGGUUAAAGCAUAACCAUCUACUUUGAAGGUGCGUGGUAAGUUUCAGAGCUUUAAUUUAACAAACAUACAGCCAUUUAGGUGGCUUUAUCAGCCUUCUUCCUCUUAAAGUACAUAAAGAAAACAAAGGAUUCAUUGAAUAUUGACUUUUUUUCAUAGCUAAGUUUUCCAGAAUCAAGAUUUCUCUUAAAA